ACAGGAGGGAACAAGAAAUAAAAAUAUAGAAGGACUACAAUGCAUUGAACAAGAGAUUGAAUCAAAAAGUUUAUUUGUAACGUUCUAGGUUAGUUGCAGUGAGGGAUAAACCAUAAGAAAUAGUACUUCUAUUUUAAAUGAAAACAUAAUAUGUCUAAUAUGGAUUAAAUUUCAGGUUUAACCAUGUCAAAUCAGUUAAUAAAAGCACUUUACCAUUCUUAACAUUUCUGUUUACAAAGACCUGAGAGGUGGUAAGGAUUGUUUUAUAGUUGUAGCUUUUGAUAACACCACCAAUAUUAUAACAAUAAAGCAAAAAUAUAAUUAUACUCACAACCCCAGUGCACAAAACAUCUAUUGGGUUGGCCAAAAGGUUCGUUUUUUUCUGUAAGAUGGCUGUAGUAGCACUUAGUUGUCUUUAACUUCAUUCAUAAUAAUUUUGUUAGAUUGUAUGUGACAUCUAUCAUAUCCACGUGCAUUUGAAAAAAGACAUCAAAUUUGGUGUAUUUUUGUGUAGCCAUUUUAAUAUUGAAGACGGAAGAAAAAAAGCAACAUUUUCAGCAUAUUAUGCUUUAUUAUUUCAAGAAAGUUAAAAAUGCAACCGAAAUGCAAAAAAAGAUUUGUGUAGUGUAUGGAGAAGUGCUGUGACUGAUCGAACGUGUCAAAAGUGGUUUGCGGGGCUGAGCCCGGCGCGCCGCGCUUGAGUGGCCGUUCCUCCGCCAACGAGUGGCGAGGGCCCGGGGAGCGCGGACUCCGGGCGCGCCGGCCAUGGCUCCCUGGGCGGGGGCCGAACUCUUGGCGCUGAAUCCGCUGCGUGCCGUGUGGCUCACGCUGGCCGCGGCCUUCCUGCUGACCCUACUGCUGCAGCUCGUGCCGUCUGGCCUGCUUCCGGGCUGCACGCUCUUCCAGGACCUGAUCUGCUAUGGAAAAACCAAGGAAGGGGGGCCGUCGCGACCGGCCGCCUGUCGGGCCUUUGAUGUCCCCAAGAGCUAUUUUUCUCACUUCUAUAUCAUCUCAGUGCUGUGGAAUGGCUUCCUGCUUUGGAGCCUUACUCAGUCUCUGUUUGUGGGAGCACCUUUUCCAAACUGGCUUCAUCAUUUACUCAGAAUUCUUGGGGCUGCGCAAUUCCGAGGGGGUGAGCUCGUGCUGUCUGCGUUCUUAGUACUAGUGUUUCUGUGGCUACACAGCCUACGAAGACUCUUCGAGUGCUUCUAUGUCAGUGUCUUCUCCAAUGCCGUGAUUCACGUCGUGCAGUACUGUUUUGGACUUGUCUACUAUGUCCUUGUCGGCCUAACUGUGUUGAGCCAAGUGCCAAUGGACGGCAGGAAUGUCUAUGUGAUAGGGAAAAAUCUCUUGAUGCAAGCUCGGCGGUUCCAUAUCCUCGGAAUGAUGAUGUUCAUCUGGUCGUCUGUCCAUCAGUGUAAGUGUCAUGUCAUUCUCGGCAAUCUCAGGAAAAAUAAAGCAGGAGUGGUCAUUCACUGUAACCACCGAAUCCCUUUUGGAGACUGGUUUGAAUACGUUUCUUCCCCUAACUACUUGGCAGAGCUGAUGAUCUACAUUUCCACGGCUGUCACCUUUGGUUUCCACAACUUAACUUGGUGGCUCGUGGUAACAUAUGUCUUCUUCAACCAGGCCCUGUCUGCUUUCCUCAGCCACAAAUUCUACAAAAGCAAAUUCGUCUCCUACCCGAAGCACAGGAAAGCUUUCCUACCAUUUCUGUUUUAAGAUAAUCUCAGUUAUGAGGAAUGCACACCAGGUGACAGUUCCAAUUCCCAAGGACAACGAAGUCUAGAGACCAAAGUGCAAUUUCUGUAGAACUGUUUAAAACUCGCUGGUCCAUUUCUGUUACCAGAAGUCUUCAGUGCAUGAGCAAAGCAAUACCACUCAAGAAAAUGAGUCUUGGGACUUCCUUGGCAGUCCAAUGGUUAAGGCUCCACACUUCCACUGCAGGGGGCAUGGGUUCGAUCCCUGGUUGGGGAACUAAGAUCUCACUUGCUGCUCAGCGUGGCAAAAUAAAUAAAAUUUUUUUAAACAAUGGAAGAAAUUGAGUCUUCAGGGAAGAAAUACUUCUGGCAGACCUGGGAGUGCUAUGUCUGCUUUCUAAGAUGCUUUAUAAAAGCAACCAAAUGCUAAAAAGUAGAUGAGACUUUUCCAAGCUGCUUCAGAAACAGACUAAUCAAGAAUAUACAAACAGCUUCAAACAAACACACACACAGUGGAAGAGAUAAGGUCAUCUGUGGCUUUGUUUUUGCUACAGACAAAUUAACUAGACUACACAAUAAGCAAUAUAGCAGAUGCUCAGUAACUGCUUGUUGCAUAUCAGUCAAAGCUGAAUAGCCUUUGAAAAUAACAACAAUGUAUAAUUUCACACCAAUGGAUUCUGGGAAAAGUGAGUUGAUUGAAGUUAGCUUAUACUUAUUACCACAAAGAUUUCCAGCUAUGUAACCAUCAAUAGUCAUUU